GAUAACAUUACAUUAUACCUUCGCCUUUGUUAAUAUCAUUAUUCUACUAAAUACAUCUCUUUUAGUAGAAUUCUGUCAUAGAAAGUUGGUUGUAUGGAUUCGCAACAACAAGGUACAGCGUUCUUAGCGAUGACAACCACUUCCAAAAGAUAUAAGUCCAUUUUUUUUGAUAGUCAUUGAAAUUUAGAAUUGUCUUCAUUUUGAAGGGCGUUCUCUGUAGCAGUAUACGCCAUUCAUCAGCGCAUCCAGGCUUCAGAUGAUUAUAUCUACCUCAUCAGGCCAUUUUAAAGAUUCCGACCUGACUGGCAGAAAUGAAUAAUUCUCAACACUUUAAUAAAAUGCGAAAGUAGGUCUGCUCAAAAUGGCAACAUCUCUUUUUGCUAAAUGUGAAUAUAAACUUCGCUUAGUAACCUUUCUAAAUGAAGUUGAGGAACACUUACGCUACUUAUUUCAUCAUCCAAAUCAUGGUAACUUUCCUGAAGAUAAAGAGCAGUUGUAUAAGAUUAUGGUAAAGUUAGAUAACAAUGGAAAGUUAAAGCAUUUGUUAAAACAUCAGAGACCACUCGUUCUACCAAGAAGUAAAAAGACGGAUUCAAUGGAAUUUGACUUGAGUAUAUUAUGCUCUCUCCUACUUACUUCCAAGAACUUGACCAAGCCAAUACGCGCAGACAUUGAAGCAAUCAGAGAUGAGAGAAAUGGUACUAUACAUAAGCCUCGUUUUAAUUAUGUGGAAUAUAUAGUUAGGUGGAGCAACUGCGAACAUAUUAUUCAAAGACUUGGAUACGACAUUACAUUGAUUAAAGAUUUAAAGUUUGGUAGUUUGCAUGAAAUGGAGAAGUUUCAAGUGUCCAUAAAUAAAAGUAAAAUACAAAUACAGGAAAUGGAGAUUAAAACAAACAAUAACAAUAUCCAACAACAGUGGAGUGAUAUUAAGCAAAACAAAGAUGAUAUUCAGCAAAACAAUGAUGAUAUUGAGAAAAACAAGGAUGAUAUUGAGCAAAACAAGGAUGAUAUUGAGAAAAACAAAGAUGAUAUUGAGCAAAACAAGAAUGAUAUUGAAAAAAACAAGGAUGAUAUUGAGCAAAACAAGGAUGAUAUUGAGCAAAACAAGGAUGAUAUUGAGAAAAACAAAGAUGAUAUUGAGAAAAGCAAAGAUGAUAUUGAGCAAAACAAGGACGAUAUUGAGAAAAACAAAGAUAAUAUUGAGAAAAGCAAGGAUGAUAUUGAGCAAAACAAGGAUGAUAUUGAGAAAAACAAGGAUGACAUUGAGAAAAGCAAAGAUGAUAUUGAGCAAAACGAGGGUGAUAUUGAGAAAAACAAAGAUGAUAUUGAGAAAGGCAAGGAUGAUAUUGAGCAAAACAAAAGGGAUAUUGAGCAAAUCGAGGAUCAUAUCACUCAAGCGGAAAGCAUUAUACAGUCUCAUGACCAGCGCAUCCAGACACUUGAACGACUUAACGAAAUUUCAGUGAAAAAAAGUGAGGUUAAACAACCUCUGAACAAGAAGAAAAAAAUCACAAGGAGCUUAACAUUGUACAGAAACAUGCAAAAUAAUUUGAUGAUACGAUGUGAAAACGACACUGUUGCUGACAUUGUCAACAUAGAUAUCAAAGGAAAAGUUAAUGAGCAUACCAUGGAAUUAAAAUUCGGUGAUCACUUUAAUGUCGAAAAGUUGCACAAAGAACUGUUGAUUACUAUCUACAAAGAAAUAGUGAAGAAAAUUUUUGAACUUGUGAUAACUUUUGUUCAAAAUGAAGAAGAAGUGUCUGUUAUCACAAUUCAAGAUGUAAACAUGGCUUGCAGCCACCAUUACAAAAACACCAGUAACGGAUUUGUUUUGCAUACACAUAACAGCUUUAAUAUCUCAGAUGAAAUAGAGUCAAUUGCCAACGUUGAUAUAGUGGAAUCCGACAUCAAAUUUACCUGCUGUGGAAUAGUCAAUAAAAUGUCAUACAUGGGCUACAAAGGAUUUUCGAAAAAAUAUGCCAAAGAUUAUUUCACAACACAUGGCAAAUUUUUAAGUGAAGCAAUCCAAUUCCCCCCACUGGAUAUAACGCAGUCAAUAUCUAAGUUUGCACAUCGAGUAAAGCAAAUAAUGUGUGAUAGUAAAUUAAAUUUAUUUGUUGUAUUUUCACAUUACAAUGCCAUGGAAAAUCUCAAGUUUCUUAAUUUAGAGAAAUACUUUUUCUCAAGAGAUGGAGAGGUUCCAGACAGCAAGGAGAGACUUUUACUGCUUCAUCCCAACGGUAAUACCUUUGUUAACAUAAGAUACACAGAAACAGAAAAUGCUGACGUCAUUUUAAAGCAAUUUAGAAACGGUGAAGAUGAUAUUAGACACUUUUCUGUUAUCAAUCGAGAGUACCUGUUACAAACCGGUUUGACAUUUAUCAACGUUGUGGCUGCCCCAAAUUUUAUAAAAUCGGAUCAUAGCAAAAUUUGCAAGGAAUGUCACCUGAUGGAUAAGGACAUUCUGUCUUCAAACAUCAAGACUCAGAGUUUCCUCGAUGCUCUUCUUUCUUCAAGUGAAAAUAUUACAACUAAAGAAAGUAAAGAUGCAUAUAUGAAUAUUGUAGGUCAGAUCAUGUGCUUUAUGGCUACCAUGAAAACAAUCUUUAAUGUUCCAACACUUAGCGAAGAUAUUCAUAAAAGAUUAAGCACUUUUAUUUUGUCAACACAACAGCUCCGUUGCUUAUACAGUGAAUCCAGAAAGAAAAUUAUUAUUGGUCCGUUAGGAAGUGGAAAAACUGUAUUAGCGAUUGCUCACUUAGAACUUCUAUGCAAAUCGCCUGAAGCAGAAUCUGUGACGUACUACAUAGUGUGGAAUGACAAAACAAUACUCACUGAUACCGUAAAAAGAUUUGCUGCCAAAAAACUCAACCUUAGUAGCAAUUCUAAUAUUAAUAUCGUGAAUGUGGUUGCACUAGCAAAAGAUCUCAAUCUGUCAAAAGUGCCAUCACUUUCACAACUGAUAGCAUCUUUGUUGAUGAGACAUGGAAAUAUUAUCCUUAAUCUCAUAGUGGAUGAAAUUGCUGGAGAAAUAUUUGACACUGAAGAAGCUUCAAUAUUGAGAAAAAUGUUCAGCAGCGAGCAUAGUUUACAAAAUUCUCUUGUUGUGCUUUUCCCACAAAGCUUGGAGAAACAUCGAAAAUUUCUUACUGGGAAAGAUUGUAAAGUUCACGAUGGAUUCAAAUACCAGGAAACCGAUAUGGAUGUUUUAUAUCUCAACAAAGCAAUGCGAACGCCAAGAAAUACUUUUAACUUCUUGUCAAAAUUUGAAUUCAACAUUUCCAACUUCAAGACGGUCAUUAAACAUCCUAUUCUGGAAGCUAUUAAAUUCGAUUCCAAUGAUCAGGAAGAAGAACGGAUUCAAGAAAAACAACUUCUAAACAUCAUCACGGGACAGAAAGAAGAAAUACAUAAAUCUUCAUCGAUGCACACAGGGAGAAAAGAUGCAUUGUUUGAAAUUCCAGUAGAUAUUGAUGUUAUUGCAGCAAAAUUAAAGGGUACAAGACUUUCCAAUAGUUCAAAAACGUUAACCACGGUGAAUUGCAACUCAGCAGAUACUGUUGGUCAUCAUAUUCAAGGUGAAAAGCCCAUUUUUAUUCAUGUGAAUGUAGAAGAAGAACAUGGAAAAACAAAACAAGAAGUGGAGGGACAAAGAAAAAGAGAGGAAAAGGAUGAUGAUGAGGAGGAGGAGGAAGAGGAUGACAGACCAGAAGAGAUUAAAAACAAAAUUUUAGUUAUGUUAGCUCUGGCGUUAGAAAACGUUUGUUUUGAUUGCGUCAACGUAAAAAGAUUGUUUUUCCAUCACACUGUGGAAGAAAUGAAUAUUUUUCGAAAAGUUUUAUCUUUGCUUAACAAGAACUUUCUUUUGUACAACGCAGAAAGUCAAUGGGAAUUCUUUAAUGGCGACAAUACUUUUGAAAAAAGGCUUCCCGAGAAAGAAAAUUUCAAUUUAAUCACCGAUGUCAAUGGUUCACGAGGCAGUGAAUUUCCAGAAACUAUCUGUGCUAUCAAUCCAAAUGACACAAGGUUACAGCAUGUGACAUUGGAGGGCAUGUCUAGGACUACCAACCGCUUAAUACUUGUGUCAUCACAUUGCAUGGACUCCAUUGGUAAAAGAGGUACUUCAACUGGUAAUAUCAUCAAACGACUUUUGUCGGAGUAUUUAGUUGAAAUUUCUGUUGAAUGUGCUGCAUUGAAGAAUGAAGAUUGUCCUUACUUAAUUGUAAAAUUAAGUGACAGAAAAUCCAUUCUCUACGUAAAUACGAGGUGCUGGAGGUACGCAAAACUUUUGCAAAGAGCUGGAGAAUUUAAAUUUGAAAUUCAGAGUUUAAAAACUAUGGAAUUAAAGCAGAUGGUGAGAAGCAUUGAACCUCCUGAGAUGGUAGAUAUCAUAGGUUGCGUUUAUUCAUCAGAAACGUCUUGUACGAUUUAUUGGAAGGAUAAUGGAUAUUCCUACUUAAUUGGAAAACAAGAUCUUGAUUGUCAAUUGAAAUAUAUAGACCGUGUAAGUUCAACCGGAAAAUAUGUAAUAUGUGGUCUGGAACUUAACGAGAGCUACAGAUUUGGUGUGGUUGCCAGUAACCGAAUAGGUCAGUCAAAAAUUGCUGUUAUGCCAUAUCGACAUAGUCCCACGAACCCCGUACCAGUACCUAAAAAGCAUGUUUCUUUCAAAGAUAUCGUAAAGCUCAUUGCAGAUAACAACAUAACUGAAAUGCAUGAACUGAUUCUAUCAUGUCAUGAUAUACAGACAAUGAGAGACGCCCAUGGGUUCACACCGUUGAUGCAUUCUCUGUUGCAGAACAAAUGUAUAAUGACUCGAGCUCUGAUCUCUCUCGGAAGCGAUGUUUUGGCGGAGAAUAACAUCGGACGCAACAGUUAUCAUCUAGCUGCUUUGAGUGGACGUGACCAAAUUUUGGAAAUUUUGUGUGAACAUGAUGCAAAAAAUGUGAAUUGUGUUGAUCGUGUUGAAAAAAAAACACCAUUACAUUUCGCUAUGCAAUAUCACCACUUUAAAUGUAUUGACGUGCUGCUGAAUAAUAAUGCUGACACAAAUGUUAAAGAUGUAAAUGGGUUAACUCCUCAUCAGAUGAGAGGAUGGGAUGAUUAUUAUAAUUUUAAAAACAAGUGAUGUCAUGAAAUCAAUGUGACCUGAAGCGUAUCGAACGCGGUGGGACCAAAAUACUCCACUGUUAAUAUCAAUAGAGCGGAUACCCAAACGCCCGUGAAACUUCUGCAAUCUGAUUAUUAUUAUUUUUAUAGGUGAAAACAUUUCGAGCAGUUGGUACGCUACGCCCUUUUUCGAAGGCACUAACAAACAUUUACGCCGAGGGCGUUAUUCAUUUUCUAAAAUUUCGCUUAAUUUUUUCGACUUUCUUUGUUUAUUUGUGGUUUUUGUAGCAUGAUUAUUACAAUUGUAAAAACAAGCAAGGGAAUUAAUUAAGAAUUAUUCAUGCACAGAGAGAUGAAAAGAAUAACACUGCUAUAACCUUUUUUUAAGAUUAUAUGACGUAAUUUUAAAUAUUUUAAUAUUCUUAAUAUUGCAUAUAUUAUUUUUUU